UAAAAACUGAGGCUUUCUCUUACUUUCUCUCUCUUGAAAAACUAUUGAUUUCAUUUUCAAAGCUCUUUCCUUUCUUUUCCUCUCUGAUUUCCUGCUCGCCAAAUGAAGCUGACGGGCGGAAACGCCACUUCCCCCGCCGUUAAUUUUGAUCAUUUUAGAUGACGAAACUAAGCUUCCUUCUGCUUUUCGCCAUUUUCUUAUUCCCGGUGUUAACUCUUGCAUUAGGAUCCAGCUCGACUCUCGCCGUCGUUUACGGCACCGCCACCGUAUGCGCCAUCGUAGCAUCGGAGCCGAAUCAGCGCAUCAUCUGCUUGCGAGCAGGAGGCGCAUCCUCGUCCGCCGUCAUCCCUAUCCAACCUAACGUCUCUUACUCCGCCCUCGCCGGUGGCCGAACCAACUUUUGCGCCCUCCGGUCCGGGGGAUAUAGCCUACUGUGUUGGGAUACAAAUACAAGUCUCCAAUCUUUUCCCACUAAACGCGUAUACAAUAACAACACCGCCCUGCUUCAAUCACUCUCCAUCGGCGACGAACAGAUUUGCGCGACGGCGAGGAACAGUACACCGCCGGUAAGCUGCUGGAGAACUGACAGGGAUAAUCGAAAUAACAGCGGGGGAUUACCCCAUGUUAAUCUGGCGAUGGAUAAAAUCACAUCCGGGUUUGGGUUUUCGUGCGGGAUUGUUCCGAGUCAAAACAGCAGAGUAACGUGUUGGGGUAACUCAGUGGCUGAAGAGAUAGAAAGACAAUUCGGGAACAUGUCAAUGGCGAACAUCGAAGCUGGGGUUUCCCAUGUUUGUGGAGUUAACGCAGCCGGUGAGUUAGUUUGUAGAGGAAAUAACUCAACGGGUCAACUCGAUGUUCCGUUAAACAGAGGAUUGGGGUUUGCUUCAGGGUUAGCUCUUGGUGAUGGUUUUAGCUGUGGAAUUAGGAGAACGAUUAGGACAGUUGUUUGUUGGGGUUCAAUGAACGAGAGUGCUGUCGAAGGAAUCGAAUUUGAAUCUAUUGUUGCUGGUCUGAAUUUCACUUGUGGAAUUACUACCAGGAAUUUUUCAGUACUUUGUUGGGGUCUUGGUUGGCCCGGACCGAGUUCGAAUUCCUCCAUUAACGAGUUACCUUUGAGAGCUGAAAUUUUACCAGGUCCUUGCAUUGAUUCUCCUUGUACUGAAUGUGGGUUAUAUCCUCAAUCGAGCAGGCUUUGUUCUGGUUCUGGUAACAUUUGUAGACCAUCACCCUGUUUUAACUUAACCAACCCGUCGCCUCCGCCAUUGUCACCACCAUCGAUACCCGAUGUUCCGAGGCAGAGAACGCCCUCUAGAGAGUUGAGGAGAGGGUUAUUGGCUUUUGCAAUAGUUGGAUCAGUAGGAGGUUUUAUGGGGAUUUGUACUAUUGUUUAUUGCUUAUGGACUGGUGUUUGUUUUGGGAAAAAGAAGGUGCAUAAUUCUGUUCAGCCAACUAUCACUAGAGCCGGUUCGAAUGGUAGUCCGGGAUCGAACAAUGGUCCUCCAUCGAGGUCAUUGACGAUCAGACGCCAGGGCUCGAGAUCAAUGAAGCGUCAAAGAAGUGGCACAUCAUCAAAACAUGCUGACAGAGCUGAGGAAUUCAGCUUGGCCGAGCUCGCUGCGGCGACCAAUAAUUUUUCGCUCGAAAACAAGAUUGGUGCUGGGAGCUUUGGCGUCGUUUACAGGGGAAAGUUGGUAGAAGGGCGUGAUGUAGCGAUCAAACGAGGCGAAACAGGCCAGAAGACGAAGAAAUACCAAGAGAAAGAGACCGCAUUCAAUUCAGAACUGGCCUUCUUAUCCAGGCUUCAUCACAAGCAUUUGGUUAGGCUUGUUGGGUAUUGUGAAGAAAGGGAUGAGAGGCUUCUGGUUUAUGAAUACAUGAAGAAUGGCGCGCUUUAUGAUCAUUUACACAACAAGAACAACAUCGAAAAAGCCAGUAGCUUGCUGAAUUCAUGGAAAAUGAGGAUCAAAAUCGCGUUGGAUGCGGCCCGAGGGAUCGAAUAUCUUCACAAUUACGCAGUUCCAUCGAUAAUCCAUAGGGAUAUAAAGUCUUCCAACAUAUUACUCGAUGCGAACUGGACAGCAAGGGUUUCUGAUUUCGGACUUUCGAUGAUGGGUCCAGAAUCCGACCAAGAUUAUAGGCCGAUGAAAGCAGCAGGAACAGUCGGUUACAUUGAUCCGGAAUACUACGGUCUAAACGUACUAACAACAAAGAGCGAUGUCUACGGUCUCGGAGUCGUAAUGUUGGAACUUCUAACGAGGAAGAGAGCUAUAUUCAAGAAUGAAGAGAACGGAGGGAACCCAAUGAGCUUGGUAGAUUUUGCAGUGCCAGCAAUAAUGGCAGGUGAAUUGGCUAAGGUUUUGGAUAUUCGAGUGGGACCGCCGGAGAUGAACGAAGCCGAAGCGGUGGAGCUGAUGGCAUACACUGCAAUGCAUUGUGUGAAUUUGGAAGGGAAAGAGAGGCCAACGAUUAGUGACAUUGUUUGUAAUUUGGAAAGGGCUGUGACCGUUUGUCAUGGCAGCCAUGGGAGCAUCUCUAGUGGUGGAUUCGAAAUUGUUUCAGAGUGAUUUUUUUUCCGCUUACAGUAAAUUUAUUUACUUUUUAUUAAUUUUUUCCAUCAAUGAUUUAUCCAAUUAUUUUUGGAGUUGUAAAGAUUUUUAGAAAAUCUGAUUUUGAUUUUGUUUUCCCACAAUAUUUGAGUUGUAGUGUAGGA